AUGGAUCUGCAUUUGAGCGCCCAGGAUGUACCCCGCUGUGACUUGUGUGAGAGCGCCUUAGCCUCCACUCACUGCGACCUCUGCUACGUCAACCUUUGCAGGCCUUGCAUUGGUGAACAUAUCGGGGAUGAAUAUACCAAACAUAAAAUUGUCCCGUUCAAUCAGCGGAAGUCCACUCUGAUCUACCCAAUGUGUGCAACUCAUGGAAGUCAGAGAUGUGAAUUUCAGUGCAAUGAGUGCAACAUAUUUGUGUGUUCACACUGUGUUUCGUCUGAAAUACACAAUGGGCAUACAUUUUCAAAUCUGUCUGAAAUCUACAAAUUCAAAAAAGAAAUCGUAGAAAAGGAUAAAAGUGAACUGGAAAGCAUUAUCUUUCCUACAUAUGAGACCAUAAUUACAGAGAUAGAAUCUGGAGUUGCCAAAAUAGAUGGGGAAUAUGAAAACCUUUCAGAAGCAGUCAUUAAGCAAGGAGAAGAACUGCAGAAAGAGAUUGAAAAUGCUGUAGAAAAAAUGAAUGGGGAAAUUAAAGAGAUGAAAACUAAACACGUUGAUAUUCUGCAUGAUCAUUUAGAAGAAAUGAGGAAGAUACGUUCUGAUGUUCAGCAAUCACUUGAAACUCUUAGAGAAGUCACAGAAUCAAAUGAUGUAGCCCUGGUAGUGGGAUUCAAAUCGAGAAACAAGGAAUUCUUUAGACUUCCUCAAAAAUUUGAAGUAAUAGGACCAAAGUUUGAUCCCAAAGCAAUAGACAUACAACAGCUUAACGAAGUAUUUGGGACUUUAUUACCCUUUUCAACUAGGUCAGUGGAACAUGGCUACACAUUAAAAAUGCCUGUCAGACAUCUUCUGGAUGACCCAGAACUCAUCGGGGCUGUUGACACAGGGAAUAGUGAGAUCUACAGUGUUACUGGUUACAAAGAUGUCAACAUCUGGGUUAGUGGAAGAUGUAGCACCAUGAAGUGCUAUGACAACCAAGGAUCACUGAUAAAAUCAAUAGAAAUCAAGUCAGAUGCAAUAAAAAUCGAGUCAGAUGCAUGGCCAAGUGAUAUAACCAUGACAAGUGAUGGUCAUUUGAUUUACUCUGACUGGUCGACAGGAACAAUUAACAUGAUAGAAAAUGGCCUGGAAAAGGAAAUCGUCUACCUAGAGGAAUGGGAACCUCAAAAUCUCUGUGUCACCUCAUCUGGCGACCUCUUAGUAACCAUGAACAGUAUUGACGAGUUGGAAGAAGACGGGAAUGAAGCUUCAGAAGAAGAGAUAGUGCAGUGCAGAAUUGUACGUUAUUUACUGACGGAUGCUAGAGAGAAACAAAUUAUACAAUUUGAUGACAAGGGAAAUCCUUUAUUAUCGGGAAACCGUAGUAGUAAAUAUUUAUGUGAAAACAACAACUACGACAUCUGUGUGGCAGACUCUGAAGCUGGCGAAGUCGUGGUGGUAAACGAAGAAGGAAAUCUCAGAUUUAGGUAUAGCGGUCAUCCGUCGGCUGUGAGGAACCAGCAGUAUCAACCGAAAGAAGAUUCCAGAAAGAUCAACACAUUCAACCCUAUCGGUAUAACCACCGACAGCCAGAGCCAAAUCCUGACAGCGGAUUGUCCGAAUCAUCUUAUCCACAUCUUGGACAAAGAUGGACAUUUUCUGCGUCUGAUCGAUAAUUGUGAUCUGUACACUCCACAUGAUUUGUUUGUGGACAAGAAUGACAUCCUUUAUGUAACAGAACAUUGCAUUGGGAAAGUAAAGAAAGUCAAAUAUUUGGAGUAA